AUGAUUAAUUGCGCAGAAAACCAAUCCGUUAACUCGCAGUCGACCGAGACGGAAGUGAUGCAAAGAGUAUUUGCCGAAUUACGCACGGCAAGUUUCCACGUUCCUGAACGGACGCUGUUGCAGUUUAUUCGGUACGUCACCGGACCAUCCUCGAUUAGCUGCCGAUACCGGUCCUUGGAAAACGUUACCGGAGCAGUCGCGAUUAGCCGCCGACACCAGUCCGAGCCAAAUGUGACCGGACCAUCCGCGAUUAGCCACCUGCAGUCCACGCCAGCAAACGUCACCGUACUCUGCCUAGGACCAAAAUAUGCUGAAGCAGACGACACCUCAAGGACGGAACAGCCGUAA